GAGAGAGAGAGACUACAUAUAAUUCCCGACACUAAGCUGGUGUUCAUAGGCACAGCUGGACAGCUGGAUAACUGGACUGCACUCCCCUGUAUACUUUAUUGGACUAUCAGAGUUCUCACUGUGAGGCCAGCAGGGAUUCACUCAAAUUGAGAGUUUGAGCAAGGAAGCAGGCAACAGACUAACAAUAACGGAACAGCUCCACUUAAGUCCAGAAGCUAAUAUACUGUAGGGAGACGUUAUACUGGUAAUUGUUGAAUAAUAAGAAUACUAGCAAAAAUGGCCGGCCAGCUACAGAAGUUCAUAGCAGAGAAGAAAACCUUGUUAGAGACUGUAAUGGAAGUGUUUGAACAGGGAGCUGAGGUGGUGGCCAGUAUCGCAGGUGACAUCUUCCCUGUUUUCACCAUCGUUGCACCCAUCAUGAAAUUGGCCCUGGACAAUGUGGAGAGCAAGGAAGCUGCGUUCAUGAAGGAGCAGUUCCAGAAAGUUCGUGAACGCCUGGAGGUAGUUUCAGAAGAGAUGCAGCGUAUUAACGAGGAGAUCAAGAAGAGCGGAGCGGACGCUGCCUACUUUUCUGUGGAGGAGAACAUUUCCAACCAGUUCCGUAAGUGCAUGGACAUCCUCAAUGCCAAACCCGAGUUUCAUGAGAAGAAGAAGGAACGUUUCAUGGAGCAUUUUAUCAAAACAGGUGGUGAAAAAAACUUACACACCCUCUAUAGUGCCGUGAUGGGAGACAACUUCUCUAGAGAGUCAGUGUUGGAAAUUAUUUUUAACUAUGAGGAGAAAAGUCGACCCGCAAUGGAAGACUUCUGUGACAGGUUGAAGAAACUGUUUUGCAUAGGCCUCAUCGCUCUGAUGGGCUACAACGCUCUAAAGCACUGCAAUGACAAAGAGAAGCUUCUUCAAGACUGGGGUGAAAAGAUGAAGAAUGUACAGGUGAAAAUGAAUGCUGUCAUUGAGGACUGCAUCACCAGCUUCCCCAAGCAGGCUGAACUAGAUUCUCGGAGGUUGGUUAGGGACCACUCUGACCUGAGCAACCAGCAGCUGGCAGACACCAUUUUGGAGAAGCUGAAAAGAAAGUAUGACUGGGUGUGCUGGUCUGUCCGUAUAUUCAGCUCCCCUUCGGGCCUGUUCUCCAACAAAAAAGACAUCCAGUGCCCCACAGGAAAAAAUCGCUUUCAGGUGCCAGCGACAGACGAGAAGCUGAACAUCAUGGUCUCCUACAGUGCCUCGCCCGAGCCUCUGGACAAGGCCCACAUCCAGCAGCUGAUCCAGGGUCAGAAGAAACUCACCGUAGUGGGUACAGCUGAGCUCCUGUUUGAGCAGUUGCCAGGUCCAUGUGCAGUCCACACGGUCAAGAAUUUCAAAGACCUGGCCUGUGUCUGGAGCUUUGCCGAAGAGCUACACUACUGGGAGGAGCACAAGAACUUCUAUGUUUGUGUUCACUACAAUUGAUUUUUCUUACUUAAAAAUGAAUGAAUAAUUAGCCAUAGCUCCCAAUGUUAUAUUCAGUCCAAUUUGGUUUUUCUACUAAGGCUGACAUUGCCGAGUACUUCCUUUCUUUCUCAGUAGAAAGCUAUACUAAUGAGGAGAAACAUAGGCUAACACUUAUUAUAAGGCAUGAUAAUUACUAAAGACUGGUUUACCUAUUUUAUGUAUCCCCUCUACUAAAAUAGUGUAAAUAAAAUCUAAUUUCUGCUUUACAUUUUCAGAUAAACCACACAUAAUAACUGUGAUAGUCAUUAUCUAUGCCUGAGAAUAUAAAUUAGAAUAUAAAUUAAUGAGAAUAUAAAUUACAUUUUGGGUAUUGAUACAUAUUCUAUAUUGACCAAAUCAUAGAAUCUUUUUGAAGUGUGCAAAUAUAAAAGCCUAACGAUUGAAUUGUCUGUAAACAAUCGCUCAACAUUUUGCAAAACAAGAAUAGCAUUUUUCCUCAUAUUUUAUAUAUACCUAACAAAAAUAUUAACGCAAAAUGCAACAAUUUAUUUGUCAAUGUUUUUAUAUACGGUGCAUUCGGAAAGUUGUCAGAAAUUGCUGUUGUUUUUUCUAUUCAAUACACACUAUUCUGCCCUUGAGUUGCGUUCCCAUGCAAAACUAGACAGAUAGCUCGAGUGCACUGUAGAGGGAGAGAUGUGUUUCUGAGCUACGCUGUUGUAGUUCUCUUUUACCUGGAUGAUGUCAGGGCAAGGGCUCAGAUAGGUUGUGCGACCAUUUUGAAGUAUGUUUGUCCUGAACACGUUAACCUUGUCUGGUCGGUGAGCCGUUCCCAGACAGACCUCACCCACGAUGACCCACCCGAGGUCGAGUCGCUGUGCAUAAGGAGUGUCGUGGGGCCCAUUGAUUUGCUCUCGUACCUUGUGUACCCUUAAGAUGUCUCGUCCUAAGAGCAGGAGGAUGGGAGCGUCUGGGUCCACAGCUGGAAUUUUGUCCAUAACUGGUUGCAGAUGGGGAUGAUGAUACGCAAUGUCGGGGGAGGGAAUCUCCAUCCUAUCGUCUGGCAUCAUAUCACACUCUAUCAGAGUCGGGAGAGUGAGCUGCAUGUGUCCAUCUAUAGACUCCACCAUGAAGUUGACGGCUCUCCUGCCGGAAGUCUCUGUUGCCCCAGAACAGGUCUUCAUGGUGUAUGGAGCAGAGUUGUCAUUGAUGUUAAAGAGAUUGAAAAACUCUGUCUUGGCCAGAGAUUUGUUACUCUAGCACUACAUACAUUUUGACAGCUGUCUCUCUUUUCCCAGCCGGAUAAGCUUUGACUAGGCAUAUUUUUGAACAUGAUCUUGGAUUGACUGCCUCACCACAGAUCUCUGUACACUUUGAGGUGACAGAUAGAAGAGCAUCGUCACCUUGCUCCCCGCCAUGCUCUGUCUCUGCUAUAGCAGUGUCUGUAUUUGAAGGGACUGGGCCUGGAUGCAGAGCAGCAAGAUGUCUGUCACUGUCGCACUCAGAGCACUUGAUUGAAACCUUACAGUUUUUAGCUCGGUGCUGAGUUGACCCACAACAUCGGAAACAAAUGCCAUUGUCUUUGAGAUAUGAUUUGCGCUCAUCUAGAGUUUUGUAUCUAAACCCACAACACUUUUUAAGAGGAUGAGGCUUGUUAUGUAUUGGGCAGGGUUUUCAACCUUUGUCUUACUGGGUUUGGUUUGGUGGUCUGAGGCCUCAGAUGACACAUCUGUCUUGUAUACAGUCACAGGUGUCUUGCUGCUGUACCUGGCAGGUUUCUCACUUUUCAUGGACACCUGGUUAGUUGAGGUGUAGAUGGUGAAGCUGGGGUCAUUUCUAAUUUUCGCCUGGUUCCUGAUGAAUCUCGAGAAGAACGAGAAUGGUGGGAAUGCUACCCGAUAGUCCUCCUUAUAUUUGGAUCCCUGUGCUAUCCAUUUUUCUUGUAAACUGAAUGGAAGUUUCUCUACAAUAGGGCCUGGAAGGUACCCUUCUACUUUAGCACACUCCAGUUCGAGAAGAAUGUCACCUAGUUCUCUUAGUUUGUGAUUGUCUUUGUUGGCCAGUUUUGGAAAAUCAUAAAUUUUCUUCAACAGUGCAUUCUCGAUCACUUCGGGUGUACCAUAGCACUCUUCUAGUCGUUGCCAGACCAUGUUAAGUCCUGCUGUUGCGUUGAAAAUAUGGACAGAUCUAAUUCUGUUUGCUUGCUCAGACGACUCUGCCCCUAGCCACUUGGUAAUUAGAUCUAACUCUUCCCUGGCUGAUAAAUUCAAGUCUCUGGUCGCAUUGAGAAAGGAUGCUUUCCAUGCCCAAUCAUUUUCAGGGCGAUCAUCAAACUUCAGGAGUCCGGAACUCACCAUCUCACGGCGUAGGAGGUACUUGAUGAGGUCUGGUGCCACUUGUGACUCAGGGAAGUUUUGUGUGUGUGUGACUGGAAGUGGGCUUGCUUUCCAUUUCCACCAUGCUGCUGUUCAUUUCUUUUGAACGGAGAGUCUCUGCUCAUGUUCUGUUGUUUGCUACUUUCUUGAUUAUGGCAUGUAGCUGGGUCAACACUAACCUCUUGUUUCUCCACUUCAAAUGGAAGUUCAGCAAAGUAGGGCCUAGCAUGUUGUUGCACAUACUCACAUGUACGUUGACUGGACUUAAGGGCUGUGUCCCUGUGUCUAGUUCUUUGCGAAGCUCUCUGCGUUCUGAUUCUACAGCUUCUUCAAAGGCUGCGGCUUCAGCCAACGCAGCAGCAGCUGCUCUCUCAACUUGGAGAACAUAUAAAGUUGCCUCGAGGUCAGCUUUUUGCUUCAUCACAGAAGCUUCCUUCUCAGCAUAGGGAACUUGUGCACGUGCUGCGUCUGCCUUGACGCGUGCUUUGAAGGCUGCAGAACUCGCCGUUGAGGAUCUGCUUGACUGUUUUGAUGACCUUGAUCUUGUAGAUUGAGACUUGGUCCCAAGGUGCUGAAGAGGUUCUUCCAUCUCUCUCUGUUGAACACCUGGCUCUGGUUGUUGCAUCGUAGACUGCUGGUCUUCCCUAGGAUAAGAGGCUUUGUUGGCUGAUGAACGUAGAAACAUAACCACCAUGUGCAGUUAUUCUUGUGCUUGAGCCCACCAUGAUGAUGUUUUUUCACUAUUCUGCCCUUGAGUUGCGUUCCCAUGCAAAACUAGACAGAUAGCUAACAACUAAGUCUUCAUUAAAACUCCCAAGGCGUGACUUUUCUUGAAUGAAUAUAUUGAAAACGUUUAUGUUGUGAAACUGCAAAAUACAGAGAAGAAUAUACUUUAGUAUUCAAUUCACACCGACAUACUGUAGCUGCACAUUAUACAUUUGAAGUUGCAUAAAUACAAAGCACGUGCCAAGGUACCAUGCAUCUGGCAUGAUGCCAAACUAUAUAGCUAAUUUUUACUCAUAUGGUAAUUGGCUCCUUUUAUUACUCUAAUAAUGUACAACCAUUUAUGUAGAAUAACAAAGCACAUCACACUAGGAACAGUAACAAAACUACAGUAUUGUAUAUUUUACAAUUCGUUUGCAUGACGCACGAGCAAAGUAAUACAGCUAACGACAUACAUGAAAGGCAUUGCAAUUUGUGAGUAAAUGCAACCAACAUUGAUAUGUAAGCAACUCUAUCAAUAACAAGAUUAUCAUCAUUAGCUAAAUGCUUGAAUCGAACUUACAAACAAAUAUUUUCCAAGGCUGAAGCGUGACAAGAAAUAACUACACUGAAAGACCUGCACCGUAGUGUUGUUUGUAGCUGCUUCUAUGCGUGCAGAACAAAUUCUCUGCUUCCUGUUUGCGUAGUCUUUCUAAGUACCAGAAACAUCCACUAGGGGGCAAAUAACACCAUUGAACACAAUGAAAAUCCAAUUUAACCAUUGUAAUAGAAUAAUCUGUUACCUUCUAACAGGUUGGCAGCACACACACACAAUACCCCAUAAUGACAAAGCAAAAACAGGUUUUUAGAAAUCUUUGCAAAUUUAUGAAGAAAAAAACUGAAACAUCAAAUGUACAUAACUUUUCAGACCCUUUACUUAGUACUUUGUUGAAGCACCUUUGGCAGCGAUUACAACCUCAAGUCUUCUUAGCUACAAGCUCGGCAUGCCUGUAUUUGGGGAGUUUCUCCCAUUCUUCUCUGCAGAUAUGUCAGGAUGGAUGGGGAGCGUCACAGCACAGCUAUUUUCAGGUCUAUCCAGAGAUGUUAGAUCGGGUUCAAGUCCGAGCUCUGGCUGGGCCACUCAAGGACAUUCGGAGACUUUUCUUUUUACCCCAGUCUGAGCUCUAGAGCAGGUUAUCAUUAAGAAUCUCUCUGUACUUUGCUCCUUUCCCUCAGCCCCUACUAGUCUCCCAGUCUCUGCCUCUGAAAAACAUCCCCACAACAUGAUGCUGCCACCAUGCUUCACCAUAGGGAUCAUGCCAGGUUUCCUCCAUGACGCAUUAAGGCCAAACAGUUCAAUCUUGGUUUCUCAUGGUCUGAGAGUCCUUAGGUGCCGUUUGGCAAAUUCCAAGCGGGCUGUCAUGUGCCUUUCACUGAGUAGUGGCUUCUGUCUGGCCACUAUACAAUAAAGGCCUAAUUGGUGGAUUACUGCAGAGAUGGUUGUCCUUCUGGAAGGUUCUCCCAUCUCCACCAAGGAACUCUGGAGCUCUGUCAGAGUGACCAUUGGGUUCUUGGUCACCUCCCUGACCAAGGCCUUUCUCCCCCGAUUUCUCAGUUUGGCUAGGCAGCCAGCUCCAGGAAGAGUCUUGGUGGUUCCAAACUUCUUACAUUUAAGUAUGAUGGAGGACACUGUGUUCUUUGGGACCCUUAAUGCUGCAGAAAUGUUUUGGUACCCUUCCCCAGAUCUGUGCCUCGACACAAUCCUUUCUCUGAGUUCUAUGGACAAUUCCUUUGACCUCAUGGCUUGGUUUUUGCACUGACGUGCACAGCCAACUGAGGGACCUUAUAUAGACAGGUGUGUGCCUUUACAAAUCAUGUCCAAUCAAUUGAAUUUACCACAGGUGAAUUACAAUCAAGUUGUAGAAACAUCUCAAGAAUGAUUAAUGGAAACAGGAUGCACCUGAGCUCAAUUUUGAGUCUUUUAGCGAAGGGUGUGAAUACCUAUGUAAAUAAGGUAUUUCCGUUUUUUUUCUCCAAAAAUGCCUAAAAACCUGUUUUCGCUUUGUCAUUAUGGGAUAUUGUGUGUAGAUUGAUGAGAAUUGUCUUAUUUACCCUGAUUUGAAAUAAGGUUUAACAUAAUAAAAUGUGGGAAAAGUCAAGGUGUCUGAAUACUUUCCCAAAUGCGCUGUAUAUCCAGGAAACUGUAUCCAUUUCUGUUGGCCGACCUAGGAUGCAAACUCACACUAGACUUUGCACUCUCAAAUCUACACUGAGUGUUGAAAAACAGUGGACUGACUAGCUGAAUCCAGGUGAUAGCUUUGAUCCCUUAUUGAUCUCUUAUUUUAUUAUAAUAUAUAUAUUUAUCAAUAAUCAUUAAAGUGUAGCUGAGGGUCAAACUGACCAACUGACUCCACUACACACACUUCCUGUGAUGACAAACAAAUGCAAUUACAUAGCUCAAUACCACGUUUACAGUUGAUCUUUUUUCAUUUCUAUUGUCUGGAUAACAACAAUUUUACCUCUGAAGUAACAAGCUGUACAAAACAAAUCCCAUCCAUUGUUUAUUCAUUAUUUUAUAGAAACAAUAUGUUCCUCCGGCCUUAUUUUUGAAAAGCUCCCAACCGCCAAGGCCACCAACACUCCAAGAUUCAGGAGAGCUGCCCCUCAACCAUCCGAUGUAACAGCAUUGCCCCUCAGUGUCAUUCAAACAUACUUUUUUGUUGUUUAUUUUGACUUUAUUUUUGACUUUUAUCUUUGACCAUCAUUCUAUCCCCCGCCCAGCAACUCCACUCCCACUUGUCUCCAGAUCCACAUCGAAACCCUCAGCUUCCCUCAGCCCAUCCCACCUACUGUAUCUCUGCUGGCCACCCUCAUCUGAUUUCUACGCACCAUAUAUCUUAUAACUAUGCUGUGAUGUUUAACAUACAAUCUAUCUAAUCAAAUAAAAUUCACAGAUCGCGAGUUGAAUGAGUAUUUCUGUCUGUAAUAACGCCAUUUUGAUUUGGUUAGGGCCUAAUGAAUCUAUAUAAAUUGACUGCUUUCCUUGUAUGAACUAUAACUCAGUAAAAUCUUUGAAAUUGUU